AUGACGAGGCAGUGAGCAGAUGCAUAAAAGCUCGCAUCAGGAAAUAAAACUUCCUCUUUUAAGGCGUGAAGAUCUAAGCGUGCUCAAACCGGGUGAACUUGUCUUCCUGGGCGAAGUCAUUCUGCAACAAGUAUGCACACUUUGUGUGCCGUGUUGCUUUUGGCCUUUGUGGUCCUCGCCUGUUCUUCGCCCGCUGUGAACAAAUUGUGGGAAGAGUGGAAAACCAAACACAGAAAAGUUUAUGAUAAUCAGACUGAGAUCGACUUCAGGAGGGCAGUAUGGGAGAAGAACGUGCACUUUGUGUUGAGACACAAUCAGGAAGCCUCGGCAGGGAAGCACAGCUUCACGCUGGGACUGAACCACCUGGCUGACAUGACAGCCGAGGAGAUCAAUGAGAAGCUGAACGGCUUGAAGCUGGAGGAGACCGUUAAUUUCACAAAUGGCACUUUUAAGGAUGUGAGUGACUCACCGUUACCUGCGAAUGUGGACUGGAGGAAAGAGGGCCUGGUGGGUCCCGUCAGAAACCAGGGUUUGUGUGGGUCAUGCUGGGCCUUCAGCUCUUUGGGAGCUCUCGAGGGCCAGCUGAAGAAGCGCACUGGUACACUUGUUUCCCUGAGUCCGCAGAACUUGGUGGAUUGCAGCACCCAGGACGGAAACCUGGGUUGCAGAGGAGGCUACAUCACCAAAGCCUACAGCUACGUCAUUCGCAACGGAGGCGUUGACUCGGAGAGCUUUUAUCCCUACGAACACAAGAAUGGGAAAUGCCGCUAUUCCGUCCAGGGACGGGCUGGCUAUUGUUCCAAAUUCAGCAUCCUUCCAGAAGGAGAUGAGAAGAUGCUGCAGAAAAUUUUGGCAUCAGUGGGGCCGAUCUCCGUGGCCGUGAACGCCAUGCUGGAAUCUUUCCAUAUGUACAGUGGAGGUUUAUACAACGUACCCAGCUGCAACCCAAAGCUGAUCAAUCAUGCUGUCUUGCUCGUGGGCUAUGGCACAGAUGCAGGACAAGACUACUGGCUGGUGAAAAAUAGCUGGGGAACCGCAUGGGGAGAAGGAGGCUACAUUCGGCUUGCCCGGAACAAGAAUAAUCUCUGCGGCAUCGCCAGCUUUCCAGUCUACCCUACAGUGUCUGACUUUAAAUGUAAAUUGAUACCACCUGUAAACUCUGCGGCUGCUCCUGUCCACUUAAAAUCAGGAGCCACAUUGCAGGCUGUUUGCUUUGUCACACUGUGGUUGGAAACUGUCUUCUUCUUUUCCCAGAUUCUGAAAAUGUUUCGGAGCCUGCUUUUCACAGUCUUGUGUGGAUUUGCAGUGGCCGAUAUCAGUUCGCAAACAGAUCGACACUGGGAACUAUGGAAGAAAACGCAUAUGAAAGUAUAUUCUCAUCAGAUUGAGGAGUGGGGACGCAGACUGAUUUGGGAAAUGAACUUGAAAAUGAUUAAUCUUCACAACCUGGAAGCCUCGCUGAAUUUGCACACUUACGAACUGGCAAUCAACCACUUCGGAGACAUGACCCCUGUGGAGAUCACUGGCACUCUCACAGGCACUAGGGUACCAUCUGACCUGGAGAUGGUUGCUGCGAGCUCCAUAAAAGUCAACGCUUCUCUACCAGCUUCAGUGGACUGGAGGGAUAAAGGCCUGGUAACUCCAGUCAAAACACAGGGUUCUUGUGGUGCUUGUUGGGCUUUCAGUGCGGCUGGAGCUCUUGAGGGGCAACUUAAAAAGUCUACAGGCAUCUUAAGGUCUCUCAGCACUCAAAACCUGAUCGACUGCACUACAGAUUAUGGCAACCGCGGGUGCAAUGGUGGCUUAAUAGCACGUGCCUUCAAGUAUGUUGUUGAUAACCAAGGCAUUGCUUCUGAAGAUGCUUACCCCUAUAUCGGAAGGCAUAAUCAGUGCAAGUACAACCCACUGUAUCGGGCUGCUAACUGCUCAGGGUAUUACUGCUUACCAAGGGGGGAUGAGUUUGCACUGAAGGAGGCAGUGGCUCUUGUGGGGCCCGUCGCUGUUGCAAUUGAUGCUUCCAGGCCACAGUUUCACUUCUACCAUCGUGGUGUGUACAUGGACAACACAUGUACCCAGAAAGUGAACCAUGGCGUGCUGGUUGUGGGUUACGGCAGAGAGAAAGGACAGGACUACUGGCUUGUCAAAAACAGCUGGGGUGUACAGUUUGGAGAAGAAGGCUACAUUAAGAUGGCUCGGAACCGAAACAACCAGUGUGGCAUCGCUCACCAUGCUUGUUUUCCUUUUGUGUGAUUAAGUUGGGUCUUUGUUUUAUAUUUGUAUUUUUUAAUGUUUAAAUAAACUGUAUCACUGAAAUUUUAACAUGUUGGAAACUUUAUGAAUUUGCUAUAAAUUUAAAUCUGAAUUUGUUCACUUCUAUGGACCUAUAUUACACAACAUUGGUCAUAUAUAAAAAAUGCCAGCUGAAAGUUCCCAGUCUCAUUUUAUUU